AUGCUAGUCCGUUCGCAUCCUGAUAUAACUGAAAGCUUUUUCAAAGAUUUCGAACUAUAUGAUAAAAACGGCAAACUCUCCGGCUUCUUAAAAACCAAUGCCGGCUACCAGCUCAUUGGAUACAAAGAUCGCAAGGGAGGAAAAUUAAGCGAACAGAAGAUCGAUUUAUCUGCGCGUGAUGCUGUUAUGGUGAGGAUGCUGAUUCAAUUGACCGAUCCGCUCCGUAAAGAGCUCAGGGAAGCAGCUAUCGACGAUUGGCGAUAUCUAUUUCUUCAUUGCAACCAGUACAUCAAUCGACCCAAUCGUCCCGGGAUGAAAAGAUGGGGUGGAUAUACCGAUAAAGAAACGAUGGAUGCGAUUGUGGCAGAGUUCGCAAGACACAGCCCUCUCGGAGAUACUGAGUUGCGGCGGCUUGUUAACCGGGUCUCGAUUACCAACUAUCGGCCAUCGGUAGCUGUUGAAAACUAUUUAACUCACAACAGUGUAACAAAGCUUGCUCGAAGCCUCGGCCAUAAAACGUAUCGAGCCGACCUCCUGAGCUCGUAUUUGCCACAAGUUAUCCUGGAUUUCUUCCAAACGCGCUGGAUAAGAAUAUUCCAGAAAGGCAUCGUUCUCGAGGCAAUGAAGGAUAGCCCUUAUCUCCUAGAAGCUAGCGGCUUUGAAAACAUGGAUAAACUCCACGAAUUCUUGUCAAACCACGCACUGAAAGACAUCCCUGAAGGCAUGAAAUCACCAAAAGACCAUGCUGAUAAAUCACAGAGGCGCCAAUCCCUUGAUGACCAACUUGGUUUCGUUGCGCGAUGCAGUCAAUUCUGCAUCCAGGCCAGACCAAAAUAUGAAGAUCUUGCGAUGCUGGUAAAAGAUCACUACGGGACAGAUGAUGUCGAGGUGAUUGACAGCACGGCGAUUGAAGACUACAUCACUGAGUUAAUGGUAGAAGGUUGGCUUGAGGUCGAGCCUGAGUUCUUUACCAAUGAGCAUGGCGAGAGCUACAAGAUUGUGGCCAAGCUUACAAAACCUGGAAGCGUC